AUGCUCGACACUAAGCGAAAGAGCAUCAAUAUGUGGGUCAAGAAGAAACGCAAGCUUGUCGCUAUAUAUGAGACGGUGACAGGGGCAUCGAGUCGUGGGAUCCAGCAGCUUGGACUGGGCACCUCAUUGAGCGCGGACGACAUUGAUGUGGUCUACAACGCCGACCAAACGUCAGUCUUCUUCGAGUAUAUCCCGACGUCUACUAUUCAGAAGAAGGGCAUCCAUUGGACUAAAGAUGCUGUCGAGUGCGCGAAGGAUCUGGACAUGGUACUCAUGAAGGUCCCGCCAGGGCGUGCAUGGGUAGACGACCUGCAGAGGCAGCUGGACGAAGCGAACGGUCGUGCUUUUAAGCUUACACCUCCCGACCACAAGAAAGUGAUUGGGUAA